AUGGUGUCAUGGAAAGGCGUAUACUUUGUACUUGCACUAUUCUUGGGAAGUUUUUUUGGAAGUAUAUUCAUGCUCGGUCCUUUUCUACCUUUGAUGUUUAUGUCACCGGCCUGGUAUCGCUGGAUCACCGAUUGUGUUGUGGCUACUUGGCUCACGCUCCCAGUGGCCUUGCUGGAGAUGGUGUUUGGUGCCAAGGUGGUUGUCACUGGCGAUGGAUUUGUUCCUGGAGAAAGGAGUGUCAUUAUCAUGAACCAUCGCACACGAAUGGACUGGAUGUUCCUGUGGAACUGCCUGCUGCGAUACAGCUACCUCAGACUUGAAAAAAUCUGUCUCAAAUCCAGUCUCAAAAACAUUCCGGGAUUUGGCUGGGCGAUGCAGGUUGCUGCCUUUGUUUUCAUUCAGAGAAGGUGGGAAGAUGACAAGAGUCACUUUGAAAAAAUGCUGGAUUAUUUCUGUGACAUUCGUGAACCACUACAACUCCUCAUCUUCCCAGAAGGAACUGAUCUCACAGCCAAUACCAAAGCCCGCAGUAAUGAAUUCGCUGAAAAGAACGGACUUCAGAAAUACGAGUACGUCUUACAUCCACGAACUACUGGAUUCACUUUUGUGGUUGAGCGUCUAAGGGAAGCUGUUACGAACCCUGAUUUCAGUCAGCACCUGGUGAAAAAUUACUGGAGCUUAGUGCUGUACUUCGUUGGCGAACGAAG